AUGGCCAAGAGAGGAUUGAUCGCGUUGGAUUCAAGGAAAGAAUUUAAAGAAGGGAGGAACUACUGUGAAUUUCACAACGAGGUGGGGCAUGAAACCCAAGGGUGUAUGGAGUUCAAGGCCUUAGUACAGAAUAUGAUGAACAAUAAGGAAAUGGAAUUCUAUGAAGAGACCAAAGACCCCGUAGUGGGAGAUAUAUGUGCAUCGGAGGGCGGAUCGACGGCACAGAAUCAAACGGUUAACUACCCCGUGGUUAUCAUAUCGAGACCCAAAAAUAAUGAAGCUGAAGUUCAAAUGCCACCGAGGGUCAUAAUCCAGAAACCUGCAGUCUUCCCCUACAAAGACAGCAAAAGGGUCCCAUGGAAUUAUGAUUGUAACGUGACAAUUCUGGGAAAGGAAAACCUGGUCGAUGCUUCGAAAGAGGACCAAGAUAGGGGCUCCUAUACACGUAGUGGGAGACGUUAUGAUACAGCAAAUGAGAAGGCACAACCCAUAAAAGGAAAAGACCCAGUGGUCGAAGGGGUGAAGGAAAAAGUGACUGGAUUUGAACUUCCUGUUAAUGAACCAGUUAACGAAGAGGAGGCUAAGGAGUUUUUGAAAUUCCUAAAACACAGCGAAUACAGUAUGGUAGAACAACUACAUAAACAACCAGCUCGUAUUUCAGUGCUGGCCUUACUCCUAAGCUCGGAAGUCCAUUGCAGUGGGCUGAUGAAGGUCUUGAAUGAAACAUAUGUCGCCAAUGAUAUCUCCGUUAACAAGCUGGACCGUUUGGUUAGCAACAUAAGUGCCGACAAAUAUAUCUUUUUCAAUGACGACGAGAUACCAUCCGGUGGCAUGGGAUCGACUAAAGCUUUGUACAUUACCACGCGCUGUAAGGGGUAUACGCCGUCAGGCGUACUGAUUGAGAAUGGAUCGGCCUUGAACGUCCUGCCAUUGACUACGUUAAACAGGUUACCUAUAGACAGCUCUCACAUAAAGGAGUGCCAGAAUAUAGUGAAAGCAUUUGAUGCUAGGGCAGUGCCUUCAUCGUUGCUUCAAAAAUUGAAGUUGGUAUCAGAGGGGCGGUUGAUAACGAUCAAUACUGAAGAAGAUAUCAUUGCAACUGUGAGUAAUAAUGCGCUCUAUUUGGAGACUGAUGACGAAGCAAUCGAAUGCCCAUUUUGGUCUUUGGAGUUUGUUAAUGCAACGUUCAUCGCCGAGGGAAGCAAAAUUCUGAUGCCAAAAUUGUCCAAAACUAUGAGGAUGAGUCUACAAUUGAUGGUCAGAAAAGGGGCCCUACCCAGGAGAGGACUUGGGAGGCGUCUUCAAGAAAGGAUUGAAACACCAGUAUUGAAGGACAAGAGAGACCGCUUCGGCUUAGGAUUUAAGCCGGAUGUGAGACAAAGGAAAAAGGAGUUGGAGAAGAAGCAAGAAAGAAGAAGAGCACGGUUAAUUGGGGAGAAAUCAAAUGGGAGCCAAUGA